AGCUUCUCACUUAUUUGUUGCUCACUGCUGUCUUAACCUCGAUCCGAAAAUUGACAGUCACUUGUGGAAUCAACAAUUAAGCAUUGUUAAUUAAUAAUUUAUGUUUGCGGUGAAUACUGGACGUAUUCGUUGGAAUUCUGGUCAACGAGUUUGGGACGUUAUUAUUAAUGAGGAAAAUUAAGCUCCAAUGACAUCUGCAGAUGAGCCCGAAAGCCAAACGAUGAGAUAAAAAAUUAGGGAAUCAACCAGAAGAUAAAUGAGUCAACUACUCGGUUAAACUGGGAGACAAUCGACAAUGGACUUCGUCUGCAUAAAGGACAUUCGCCCAGGCCAGAAGAACAUAAACGUGAUGUUCAUAGUGCUCGAGGUGGGUCACCCCACGAUAACGAAAGAGAAUCGUGAAGUGAGGACGUUCAAAGUGGCUGACAGCACAGCAUGCAUGAACGUCUCGAUAUGGGACGAGCCAGGGCAGUUGCUGGUGCCUGGUGACAUCGUCAGGUUGACCAAGGGCUACGCAUCAGUGUGGCGACAAUGCUUGACACUUUACUCAGGGAAGAACGGGGACAUUCAGAAGAUCGGGGAGUUCUGCAUGGUGAUCAAUGAACAGAUGAACAUGAGCGAGCCGAACCCAGCCCUGGCGCAGCAGUUGGUCAAUCAGGGGGGCUCAGGACCACCUGGCAGCAGUAUCAACAGUAACAUUGUUAACAAUGGGAAUGCUAACAAUGUCUCGGCUGCAUCGAGACAGCCUUUGGCAACAAACACGACGUCGUCAUCAGCCUCGACGUCGUCCACAGCCCCCACUGGCAAUUCAACGAAAACCGGGAAUAACUCCGGAAGUACGACGUCAGGACUUCCCGGAGGUUCGGCGAGGUUCAGCGGCGAGGGGAGCGCGUCGAAAACCACCGGCAAAACAACCGUCAGGGGCAAAACGGGGUACAGGAACGGUGGCCGCAAUGAGCGGAGAUAAUACUUUCCACCAAUUUUCUCAAAUGACGAGUUUACUGGAGUUAUCCUCAACCGGAGCUGAUCCAAGUGCUAUUGAUCAUUGUAAUUUUGUAAUGUUACCUAAGAAUAAUUAUUAGUUCGUAUAUAGUAGUUUACUCGAUUGAAUCAUGAUUGUAAGAUUAUUUGGAAUAAUACUUGUACCAUAUUUGUA